AUGGCAUUUUUUGCCAAUCAGGAGGAUAUUCCACCAUCUCUCGAUUCAUUUCCUGGUUCACCAAAAUUUCUGAACUACUCCCACUCUACAGAAGAAGCUGAUCCACAAAUCCCCCCCCUAAAAACUCCAACCAACCCGCUUUUCCCUUUGAAUCUUUCAACCGACUUAACCCCAGCUCUUGACGCCCUCGGAAUCGAUAUUGAUUUCGAAACCUCAAUUUCUCAUCAUCGCCCCCAUCUUUUACAAAAUAAAAUCCAGUUUCCUGACAACAUAAACCCACAGCAUAAAAGUAUCAUAGAGGGUAUGCUAAAAACGAACUGGAGUCCUGGUGAUCUAGAAGGACAAGAGCAUUCUAUAAUAAUGAUGGAUAAUAGCGGGAUCCCGUCGGAUUCGUCACCACCGUUGGCGAGUUCUACUCCUGUACCGCUUUCUAUCCUCCAUCCUGAUGAAACGGCAAGAGGAGGAGGAGCACAUAUUUCCGCAAGAGAUGAAGAUGACAAUCGAAGUAUCACAUUCGAAAACAUCGAGUUUGCACCCGAAGACACCACAGAGUUAUCUCAUGACAUUGAGUUUGAAGAUAAAGGAAUACUAGUCCCAGUACCAACUACACCAACACUAGCACUUGGAAUCCGAAGAACAGUAACUCGUUCACAAAGUACUGUAAAGAAAAUGCCACUACAACGAAGAGAAGAAGACGAAGAGGAUAUAAACCCCAUCCCACAAACUGAACCUCGUCGACCCGUUAAGGGGAUCUUAAAGACACCGAUUGUACCACUUGGUGCUUCGGGCUUGAGGAAAAAAGCUGGUCAGAGUACGGGGAAUACGCACCGAAGCUGGGGGUGGUAUGAUUCUAGGAGCUUUAGUCCCUUAGAUGGUUUUGAAAGUCAACCGAAGAAGGGUGCCAAAGCGGGGAAGAAGACAGGUGGGAAGGGAAAUGGGAAGAAGGUGAAGAUUGAUGAAGUUGUUGAUGAGAGGAUUUUAUCAAGUGAGGAGAGCGAAGUCAGCCCGAGUGACCCGGAGGGAUGGAAGCCGGAACCUUGUUUGAUCGAAAGUACGGACGAAAGCGAGGCAACGCCGUCCAAGAAGCCAAAGGACACAAAAGGGAAGGGAGCGGGGAAGAAUUUGAAGAAAGGACAAGAAUCAAGCAAUAGUAAAGAGAAGGAGGAGCCGGUGCCGAAGAAACAAGGAAAACAACAGACCGGGGGUACCCAGAACAAAAAGAAAAAACAGAAGGCCAAGGAUGAUGAAGCUUUUAAGCCUAGUAAAGGAUCCUCGGAUGAUGAAGAAGAAGAAUAUAAAACAUCAAAGCCAAAGGGUGGGAAAAAGGCCGCCAAAUCUGAACAGGUUGCGAAUAAUGAAGAAGAAGAAGAAGAAGAAGAAGAGUCGGAGGAGGUGGCUGAACAAAAAGAAGAAGAAGAAGGUGGGGAAGAGGGUCAAGGUAGUGAUGAAGAAGAAGAGGGGACUGACGAGGAAGAUGAUGAAAGUGAAUGGGGCGAAGAAAGAAACAACAAGGCCGGGUCUGGAUCCGGAUCCGAUGAAGAUGAGACAACCGGCAAAGGCAAUAAUCAAUCUGACGAAGAGGAGGCAAAAGAAGAUGAAGAUGAGGAAGAUGAAGAUGAAGACGAAAAAAAGAGUGAACCCAUGCAACUAUACUCGGGACGCACACUACGAGCUACAGAAACCAUCACGGAUACAAACAUUACUAGGCCAUCAGCUUCGAGGUCUCGCUCCUCGAAAAGUAACGAUAGAAGUUUGAUGAAGCGCAUGUCAGUUGAAAACCAGAGGUCAAAAUUAAGAAUCGAUGGCCAAUACGGGCUUAGAAGGGCCCAAGCAGAAAAAGCAUUUGAAAGGCAGGAACAAUUCAAACGUGAUGGGUCUCUACGUGAGGUUCAACUCACUGGGAUUAUUGGGGAGCGAAAGAACCCGCUAUCUCGUGUUUCGCCGGUAACUGACUUUAACAGAAAUCCAUAUACAUCUACGCACAGAAAGAAGGAAAAGCCUAAGGAAGAUGACAAUCAAACAGGGGAUUGGGAUAGGGUAGAAAAAACCAGCCGGGACAAACCGCCAAAGACAUCCUUAAAAGUUGGCAGUACCUGGAAUAAAACUAAGCACGAUGGCAGAACAACAGAAGAACAGAUGGAGAAAGUAUUUCCAAUCACGCAAGAGGAACUCGAAACCGCUAUCGCAUCUUUGAAGGAAUCCGAUGAGGCUCUCAAGAAAGCACUAAGCCAAGGGAGAAAGUAUCGUCUCCAACGACGUAGAGCAAAAAAGAAGAGAGAUGCCUUGCGACGUAAAGUAAAAGACCUGGAAAGUAGGUUAGAGGCGGCAGCCAAUGAAUGUGCUCAGCUGGAGUUAGAACUAGCCGCGAAGAAAGCGGUUGGGUAUGACCCCUUGUCGUACUGUUAUGCAGAUCCCGAACCCGAGUUAAACACGGAGAUUCGCCGUCGAAUGUGGACGCCCAAGAGCUACCGGGAAAAACAGCUGACAAUUUUCGAUGUUAAAGAAAUCGGAGGUGCACCACUUGAAGUCCAGACGAUCACGCACGCUCCGUUUUGCACCAGACUCAUAAAAAAUCCAUUCCGCCACGAAGAUAUGUACCAAAGGCGUGAAAUAAUUAACACCCUAACUUUCCCCGCAAACGUCAUGUUGCUUGAUCACAGCACCGACUAUUACUUCGUUUGCUGUCUUUGUACAAAGGUAUCACCGGUCAACCUCUUUUACUUUCAAGAUGAGAUUGUUUGGUCAUCGUACAAAUGCCUCGUUUGUGAAGCACAUAUGUGCUGCAAGGCAUGUGCACGCUGGACUGCACCUGCGUCUUCGGCUCGGUUCCCCGACACCAAUAAAGCAGCUGAACUCUUGAACGGGCAUAAAGGGAAGGGAAACUAUGAAGCCUCGUUAUAUUUGAGAGGAAUAUGGUGGGACUACGUUCAUUCGAUAGAUCUGUGGCCACCUCGAAGAAAUUUCAAAAUAUCCAAGAACGGUCUCGAUUUCAUGAUAUGGGAGCGUAGAACAAAACUAGAAGGUUCUAUAUCCCCACCCCAGAUUGACUAUUCGAUUGGAUUAUUUGAUAAAGUGGAGGAAUCUCCAGAGGGAAACAAUACAAACAGCGGAUUGAGGUCGGUAGGAAAAAGGAAAAUUGAAUAUAGUCAUCAAGAGGCAUUACACGAGAGCAAACGAAGGAAGGUUGAAGAGAUUCUUGAAAAGCGUCGACGGGCUCGUCAACUCCCAUUUCCGGAAGAAAUUGACGGCAAUUACGACGACGAAGAAGAAGAAGGGGAAGAAUACGGGAACGACGAAGUCGAGGUGGUAAUAGAGGACGAAAAUUGA